GCAUUUGAUUGUAAAAAGCUUCGAGAUGAAAAUUGUAACUUUAACUUGUGUGAUCUUUUUUGUAAGCUUCGUCAAUGGAUGCUUGUCGUCUAGCUCAAAAUCUAGCGAUAAGCCAGUGUGCAACAAUUGCAAUGUAGGACCUCCAUCAAAUAACAACAACAGUGACGGUCCGAUCUGUAAUAAUUGCAAUGUCGGUCCACCAUCAAGUUCAAACAGCAACAAAGGAGGCCCAAUCUGUAAUAACUGUGAAAUCGGACCACCUUCAGGUCCUGACGAUCCUUACAAAAGAGUAAAAAAGCCUGAAUAUGGACCAGAUUGUGAAUGUGUUGGCACAACUUGUUAUCAUUGUAAUGUUGGGAAGUAAAGUUUAAUAGUGGAUGUGAACUGCUUUAUCGACAGUUGGAACUGACUGAAGG